UACACGGACACAGAUUCAUUGAUUUACAAUAUAAUGACGGUUGACUAUUACAAUGAUUUGAUGAACAACCCUGAACUUUUACAUCGCAUGGAUACUUCAAAUUUCUCAAUUGAUCAUCCAUGCUAUUGCAUCGACAGAAAAAAGUUACCAGGAACUUUCACUGAUGAAUGUAAUGGGAUAGCAAUAAGACAAUUUAUUGCCAUACGAGCUAAAUCUUAUGCAUUUAAUAUAGCUGGUGUUGAAAAAAUCAAGGCAAAAGGAAUACGUGGGCAUGUUGUUAAAAACCAUUUAAGUAUUUCAGAUCACAAGAAAUGUUUGUUUUGGAAAGGUGCAAUGAUCGAUGACAAAAGUGCACGAUCUAUGGCAAUCAUUCAAUCUGAGUUGUUUAAAUCUAUUGGGCAUACAUCAUCAACGAAUGAGUAUACACCGUUUAGAGUAAACAAUUCAUUUAGAUCGUACAAUCAUCAGAUGAAAACAAUUUCAACAGUUAAAUUAGCGUUAAACCGAUCGGACGAUAAGAGACAUGUGCUUGACGACCAAAUUCAUACCUUAGCUCAUGGUCAUUAUCGUAUAGAGGAACUUGAGAGGGUGGAAGCAGAGAUGGUUGCAAUGAUGGAGGGAAUAGGAUAUUAAGUUUUAUGAAGAUAGUUGAUUAUAUUAUAAGUAACAUGUAUACAUUAUAUUUAAUUUUAAAAUCUGAAAAUAUCAUUUAAAAAUCAUGUAUCAUUUUUCUGUAAAUAUUAUGUUUAUGUAUAUUAUUGGUUUUUAUAUUUUAGUUA